AUGGAGGAGCACUCGGGGAUCCGACUGAGCCUUCUUCCCACAUCCUCUUCCUCUCCCUUGCUCACCUUCCCAACCCCCCUGCGCUGCUCCAGCUCCGCUCUGAUUGGAGGAAGGAGCCAGCUGGCAGGGGCGUGGGCGACUAUUGCUGUCAUAUCCGGAUGUUCAUCUGUUAAAGCCACUGCCACUGCCAAACCCUCCGCUGCUGCUAAGCCCACUGCCGCCACCAAACCCUCUGCCACCGUUAAAGCCACUGCUACCACCACCAAACCCUCCUCCUCCUCGCGUCCGUUCAUGUCUUGGAAGCUCUCCUGUCUCUCUGGUCCUCUGGCGGGAGGCAGAGGAGGAAGCGGAGGGGGAGGAGGGGGGGGAGGAGGGAAAGGAGGAGGAGGCGGGCAAGGAGGAGUGGAAGAGGUGACUCUGUUCUUGUUCGGGGCGGCGUUUGAUGUGUACUGCAAGCAAGAGAUGGGGACGGUGGUGGCGGUUCUAGGAGCCGAAGCCAACCCGCCAAAAGGGGUGAGUCAAGGGGUGAAGGGACCUACAGAGGGUGUUGUUGGUUGGGAGGGGUGGAGGAGGGGACUUUGCUUCUGUUCGGGGCAGCGUUUGAUGUGUACUGCAAGCAGGAGAUGGGGACGGUGGUAG